AUUCUAACGAACGAGCUCAUUUGAACACGUAUUUAAGUGUCAAAACGACGAACGAAUUUCGCAAUCGAUGAGAGUGUAAAAUAAUCAACAUGAGGACUAUCUAUUUGUUUCUUAUUGUUUGCCUCUGUGCAGUGAGCGCGAAAUAUUUACCUGACGAAACAAUCUCUUUAAGAGCAUUGUUAUGGCGUGAAGAGCGGUCGGCCUCAGAUGAGUCCGCGGUCUCCAAAGAAGACGACGACAAUGACAAUAAUUCAAAGGAAAGGAAGAUUAGGGAAGAACAUCUUAAGCGUCUCCAGAAAAUAGAAAAGGAAAGACGCAAGCAUGAGGAAAAACAGCGAAAAGAACAAGAAAAGCGAGAAGAGGAAGAAAGAAAACGUCAAGAAAAAAUUGAAGAAGGGCGAGUAAAACAAGAAGAAAAACAGCGCAAACAGCAGCUAAAACGAGAGGAAGAAGAGCGUAAACAACAAGAAAAGAGAGAGAAAGAACAACGCAAACUUGAAAAAGAAAGACUGAAGCAAGAGGAGAAAGCUGCCAAGGAAGAGCGUAAACGUCAAGAUAAGAUCAGGAAAGAUCUAGAGGAAUUGGAAAAAGAAGCCAUCGAAAAUGAGAAGAAGCAGGUUUCAGCUGAAUCAGUUGAGAAUCAGCAAUCAGUUGAUCUUGAAGACAUAUGGAAGAGCCACGUCUACGAAAAGUAUGGUUUAACUCCCACUAGUACAAAGUUGGAAAAGAAGGCUGCCAUCCGUAGGUAUUUACAAGAAGAGCUUGGCAUCAAUGCUAAUAGCACGAAGACUGAGAGACGCAAGGCUGUCUUGAACUUCAUUCAAACUAAAUUGCAAACCACUGAAGCUUUCAGAAAUCAUGUGGUAAGCCAUGUGAACGCUGUAGGUAUUCAACAACUUCAGGCAAAAUUGGAAAAGAAAAUUGAGAAGCUUAAUAAUGAAUCAGCACUGCUGCAAAAUAUCAGCCUGCCAUGGGCUCCAAUCGCUCAGCAACACAUUGAAGAAAAGAGAACUAUUCUUCAAGGUAUAGUCAACUUUGUGUCCAAUAUUUUGCCUAACUGGAUUACCGGUGGACAGCCUUCUACUGGAGCUGCGCAGUCUCCAGUGCCUGCUGGAGCACAAAGUGAUGUGAUGGGAUCAAACAACGCUGGUUCAGGUCCUGCCGGUGCAGGCUCUAUUGGGACUGGAAGUAGCAAUGUCAGCCCUGCAGGCCCUGGCUCCAACAGUGCUGGGUCUCCCGGUUCAAGUUCUGGAGUAGCUGGGUCAAGUGGUGUAGACUCUGCUGGUUCAGGCGCUCCUGGAUCAAACAAUGCUGUAACUGCCGGCUCUGCCGGUGUUGCCCCCGCUGGUGCUGCGCCUGCUGGUGCUACCCCCGCUGGUGCUGCUCCCGCUGGUUCUGUCUCCGCUGGUGUUGAUCUUGCUGGUUCUGUCCCCGCUGGUGCUGUUCCUGCUGGUGCUGCGCCUGCAGGUGCUGCCCCUGCUGGUGUUGCUCCCGGUGGUGCUGCCCCUGCUGGUGAUGUCUCAUCUAUCGGAAAUGCAACUGGCUCCACUACCACAUCUACUGGCGCUGCAAAUGGGUCCACAGGGGCUGAUGCCUCGUCUACUGGUGCUGCUGUUGGCUCCACUGGCGCCUCAUCUACUGGCUCUGCUGGUGCUGAGGCCUCGUCAACUGGCUCUGCGACUGGCUCUACUGGCGCUAAUGCGUCAACUACUGGUGCUGCAACUGGUUCUUCUGGCGCUGAUGCCUCGUCUACUGCUGCUGCAAUUGGCUCCACUAACUCUUCAUCUACUGUUUCUGCUGACGGCUCCAAUGGCGCUGAUGCCUCAUCUACUGGUGCUGCUACGGGCUCCACUGGUGCCUCAUCUACUGGUUCUGCUGGUGCUGACACCUCGUCAACUGGCUCCACUGGCACUGACGCCUCAUCAACUGGCACCGCUGACGGGUCCACUGGUGCUGAUGCCUCAUCUACUGGCGCUGCUACAGGCUCCACUGGCGCUGAUGCCUCAUCUGCUGGCUCUGCUGACGGAUCCACUGGUGCUGAUGCUUCAUCGACUGGCGCUGCUACUGGCUCCACUGGCGCUGAUGCCUCGUCUACUGGUGCUGCUACGGGCUCCACUGGUGCCUCAUCUACUGGUUCUGCUGGUGCUGACACCUCGUCAACUGGCUCCACUGGCACUGACGCCUCAUCGACUGGCACCGCUGACGGGUCCACUGGCGCCGAUGCCUCAUCUAUUGGUGCUGCUACCGGCUCUACUGGCGCUGAUGCUUCAUCGACUGGCGCUGCCACUGGCUCCUCUGGCGCCGAUGCCUCGUCUACUGGCACUGCUACAGGCUCCACUGGUGCUGAUGCUUCAUCUACUAGCUCUGCUGACGGAUCCACUGGUGCUGCUGCUUCAUCUACUGGCGCUGCUACUGGUUCCACUGGUGCUGAUGCUUCAUCUACUGGCGCUGCCACUGGCUCCACUGGCGCUGAUGCCUCGUCUACUGGCACUGCUACAGGCUCCACUGGUGCUGAUGCUUCAUCUACUGGCUCUGCUGAUGGAUCCACUGGUGCUGAUGCUUCAUCUACUGGCGCUGCUUCUGGCUCCACUGGUGCUGAUGCCUCGUCUACUGGUGCUGCUACGGGCUCCAUUGGUGCCUCAUCUACUGGUUCUGCUGGUGCUGACACCUCGUCAACUGGCUCCACUGGCACUGACGCCUCAUCGACUGGCACCGCUGACGGGUCCACUGGCGCCGAUGCCUCGUCUACUGGUGCUGCUACCGGCUCUACUGCCGCUGAUGCUUCAUCGACUGGCGCUGCCACUGGCUCCUCUGGCGCCGAUGCCUCGUCUACUGGCACUGCUACCGGCUCUACUGGCGCUGAUGCUUCAUCGACUGGCGCUGCUACUGGCUCCACUGGCGCUGAUGCCUCAUCGACUGGCACCGCUGACGGGUCCACUGGCGCCGAUGCCUCAUCUACUGGUGCUGCUACCGGCUCUACUGGCGCUGAUGCUUCAUCGACUGGCGCUGCCACUGGCUCCUCUGGCGCCGAUGCCUCGUCUACUGGCUCUGCUGACGGAUCCACUGGUGCUGCUGCUUCAUCUACUAGCGCUGCUACUGGCUCCACUGGUGCUGAUGCUUCAUCUACUGGCGCUGCCACUGGCUCCACUGGCGCUGAUGCCUCGUCUACUGGUGCUGCUACAGGCUCCACUGGCGCUGAUACUUCGUCUACUGGUGCUGCUACUGGCUCCACUGUUGACUCAUCUACCGGUUCUGCUAGUGCUGACGCCUCAUCAACUGGCGCUGCCACUGGCUCCUCUGGCACUGACGCCUCAUCAACUGGUACCGCUGACGGAAUCACUGGUGCUGAUGCCUCAUCUACUGGCGUUGCUACAGGCUCCACUGGCGCUGAUGCCUCGUCUGCUGGCUCUGCUGAUGGAUCCACUGGUGCUGAUGCUUCAUCUGCUGGCGCUGCUACUGGCUCCACUGGUGCCUCAUCUACUGGAUCUGCUGGUGCUGACGCCUCGUCAACUGGCUCCACUGGCACUGACGCCUCAUCAACUGGAACCGCUGACGGGUCCACUGGCGCCGAUGCCUCAUCUACUGGUGCUGCUACCGGUUCUAUUGGCACUGAUGCUUCAUCUACCGGCGCUGCUACUGGCUCUACAGACACCUCAUCAACUGGCACCGCUGACGGGUCCACUGGUGCUGAUGCCUCAUCUACUGGCGUUGUUACUGGAUCCACUGAUGCUUCAUCGACUGGCGCUGCCACUGGCUCCUCUGGCGCCGAUGCCUCGUCUACUGGCUCUGCUGACGGAUCCACUGGUGCUGCUGCUUCAUCUACUAGCGCUGCUACUGGCUCCACUGGUGCUGAUGCUUCAUCUACUGGCGCUGCCACUGGCUCCACUGGCGCUGAUGCCUCGUCUACUGGUGCUGCUACAGGCUCCACUGGCGCUGAUACUUCGUCUACUGGUGCUGCUACUGGCUCCACUGUUGACUCAUCUACCGGUUCUGCUAGUGCUGACGCCUCAUCAACUGGCGCUGCCACUGGCUCCUCUGGCACUGACGCCUCAUCAACUGGUACCGCUGACGGAAUCACUGGUGCUGAUGCCUCAUCUACUGGCGUUGCUACAGGCUCCACUGGCGCUGAUGCCUCGUCUGCUGGCUCUGCUGAUGGAUCCACUGGUGCUGAUGCUUCAUCUGCUGGCGCUGCUACUGGCUCCACUGGUGCCUCAUCUACUGGAUCUGCUGGUGCUGACGCCUCGUCAACUGGCUCCACUGGCACUGACGCCUCAUCAACUGGAACCGCUGACGGGACCACUGGCGCCGAUGCCUCAUCUACUGGUGCUGCUACCGGUUCUAUUGGCACUGAUGCUUCAUCUACCGGCGCUGCUACUGGCUCUACAGACACCUCAUCAACUGGCACCGCUGACGGGUCCACUGGUGCUGAUGCCUCAUCUACUGGCGUUGUUACUGGAUCCACUGAUGCUUCAUCUACUGGUGCUGCUACUGGCUCCACUGGCGCCGAUGCCUCAUCUACUGGCGCUGCUACCGGUUCUACUGGCGCUGAUACUUCAUCGACUGGUGCUGCUGACGGCUCAACUGGCGCUGAUGCUUCAUCUACUGGCGCUGCUACUGGCUCCGCUGGUGCCUCAUCUACUGGUUCUGCUGGUGCUGAUACCGCGUCAACUGGCUCCACUAGCACUGACGCCUCAGCAACUGGCACCGCUGACGGGUCCAGUGGUGUUGAUGCCUCAUCUACUGGUGCUGCUACAGGCUCCAAUGGCGCUGAUGCCUCAUCGGCUGGAUCUGCUGACGGAUCCACUGGUGCUGAUGCUUCAUCUACUGGCGCUGCUACUGGCUCCACUGGUGCCUCAUCUACUGGAUCUGCUGGUGCUGACGCCUCGUCAACUGGCUCCACUGGCACUGUCGCCUCAUCAACUGGCACUGACGCCUCAUCAACUGGCACCGCUGACGGGUUCACUGGCGCCGAUGCCUCAUCGACUGGCGCUGCUGACGGCUCAACUGGCGCUGAUGCUUCAUCUACUGGCGCUGCUACUGGCUCCACUGGUGCCUCAUCUACUGGUUCUGCUGGUGCUGACGCCUCGUCAACUGGCUCCACUGGCACUGACGCCUCAUCAACUGGCACCGCUGACGGGUCCACUGGCGCCGAUGCCUCAUCGACUGGCGCUGUUGACGGCUCAAGUGGCGCUGAUGCUUCAUCUACUGGCGCUGCUACUGGCUCCACUGGUGCCUCAUCAACUGUUGCUGCUGGUGCUGACACCUCGUCAACUGGCUCCACUGGCACUGACGCCUCAUCAACUGGCACCGCUGACGGGUUCACUGGUGCUGAUGCCUCAUCUACUGGCGCUGCUACAGGCUCCACUGGCGCUGAUGCCUCAUCGGCUGGCUCUGCUGACGGAUCCACUGGUGCUGAUGCUUCAUCUACUGGCGCUGCUACUGGCUCCACUGACGCCUCAUCAACUGGCUCUUCCGGUGUUGACGCCUCAUCUACGGGCUCUGCUGAUGGCUCCAAUGGCGCCGAUGCCUCAUCCACUGGUGCUGCAACUGGCUCCGCUGGUGCUGAUGCCUCAUCUACAGACUCAGCUGGCGCCGACGUCUCAUCAAUUAGCUCUGUUAACGGCCCUAAUGGCGCUGAUGCCUCGUCUAAUGGCGCUGCUGACGGUGCCACUGGUACUAACGCCUCAUCUACUGGUGCUGUUGAUGGCUCCACUGGUGCUGAUGCGUCAUCUACAGGCGCUGCUACCGGCUCCAUUGAUAACUCACCUGCUGGUGCUGCUACUGGUUCCAAUGACGUUUCAUCAACUGGCUCUACUGGUACUGACGCUUCGUCGCCUGGCUCUGGUAACGGCUCCACUGGUGCUGAUGCCUCAUCUACUGGCACUGCUACUGGCUCCACUGGUGCUGAUGCCUCAUCUACUGGCUCAACCUCAACUGACACUUCUGCUGCUGGCUCCACUGGCAUUGAAGCUUCAUCUACUAAUGCUGCUACUGGCUCGUCUGACACUUCAUCUACUGGGGCUGGUACUGCAGAUUACGCGAGCACUACUGGUUCGACUGAUUCAAUUCUUGCGGGUUCCGAAACUGCAACUGACGGACCUGUCAACGCUGACACUGCCGAUGGGUCUGCUACUGACGUAAGCGCUACCACCAUAAUUGCUGAUGGUACAUCUGCAUCUAACGACGCUACUACAGUGUCAUCUGACGCAGCACUUGAGACCAGCACUUCGGUUGUACCUGGCUCCCAAGUGACAGUAACUGAUGCUGUUCCUGAGCCUGUUCCAGCAGCCAACCCGGUAACCGACGUGCCGACCGUCAUUGCUACCGAUGCCACUAUUGUUAUAAUAGAAGAAACACCUGCUAUCGAAGCUAGCGCCGUGAACACAGAAGUCCAAACUGACAAUAUUCUAGUAGAUGCUGCGACUGUCGCCCCAGAAACAGUAGUAUUACCUGGAGAAGUCGGAGCUUCCGUCAUUGAAGUGACCGCCCAGUAAUCGUUAUCUGUUUUUAAAUAUCGAAUGUUUGCCAUUGUAAAUUAUACUGAGAAUGCUUUUAUAGAUAAAAAAUAGUAGCUUUUUAAUAAUUUAGUUUUAUUUAUCGUUUAAUGUUUCAAUAGGCAAGUACUUUAAUUUAUUGUAGAGCUGUUACAAAAUAAUCUCAAAAUAUGUAUGAUAAUGCGUUUUUAUACCAUCCUUAAAAGGAAUUAAAUAAGAAAACUGUAAAUAAAUAAAUUUAUUGCUUUAUUCA